UGGUUCGAGCUGUCACAUGCAAAUGUUUUGAUUGACGCUGCAGUAUAGAGGUAUGGGGGGUCGGUGAAGUUAUUAAAACUGUCGGAAGGCAAAUUGAAUUGUUUGCUAUUAAAAAAUAUAUUGGUGAAUUUUAUUCCUCGUGACAUCACAGUUGUUAGUGGUGCGUUUAAGAUAUUUUAAUGUCGAUCAAGUGUUUUGGGGCACCAACAAAGCGUCAGAGUUCUUGAUAUCUGCCUCAUGUCAGGAAAACCUCUAUUAUUCGGAAGACUAAGUGACUUCGAGGUCUUAUUUCUUAAGGAAGGUAGCGGGCUAGGCAUAGGUUUUUGAGAAACAUCUGGGCAAGUGUCAUGUCCUAUAUGAUGGGAUUACCUGAGGAAAUGAACAAUAAUGCAACCACAUCAGGGGCUACAAUAUCAAUGGAUGAUUUAUAUCCAGCACUUUUUGAGUGUUUUGCAGUUAUUUUGUGUGGGUAUAUUGCAGGACGGCAGAAUUUGCUAUCCCAGGCAGAAACUAAAGGGUUGGAUGCGUUUGUGAGAGUUUUCUCUUUGCCAGCUCUUAUAUUUCUGUCUUUAGCAGAGCUUGACCUCCGUACGGUGAACUGGACGUUUUUAUUGUCAAUACUGGUGGCAAAGAGCAUUGUAUUUUUAUUAGUAGUUAUCAUCACAUUACUUAUUAGUCGUCCUGUGAACCCUGCACGGGCAGGGCUCUUCGCCAUCUUUUGUACACAGAGUAAUGACUUUGCAAUUGGUUAUCCGAUAGUGGCAGCCCUGUAUUCGAAUGUACAUCCUGAAUAUGCCAGUUAUCUGUAUUUGAUGGCACCCAUAUCCUUAGCAAUUUUAAAUCCUAUAGGAUUUAUCUUAAUGGAAAUUGGAAGACACAAUAGCACAACAUCGUCUGAACUAUUUCAGCAGCAUAGUAAAAUAUAUUUGAUUCUGUCUGUUGCAAGGAGCAUUAUGUGCAACCCCAUUGUGUUUAUGACCAUCUUUGGAAUCAUUGGCAACUUGAUAUUUGAUCACCAUUUGCCAUCAAUUAUAUCUGGCUUAUUAAAGGUAUUGGGUUCUGCAUUUACUGCUGUGGCAUUGUUUUCACUUGGAUUGCGGAUGGUUGGAAAAAUGCAUACUUUAAAUGGUUCAUCACUUCUUGUGCCUGGAGUUCUUAUUGCUGUGAAAUUGUUGGUGUUACCCUUAAUAACUCGUGAAGUUGUUAGCCUGUUCCAUGCUGGUGAAAAUUCAACAGACACUUUAGACCUUAGCACAUAUGGAUUUUUAUACGGGACAUUCCCAUCAGCUCCAGGAGUGUUUGUGUUUGCAACACAGUACUCAGUUGAUAUUGACUUGAUUGCCAGUUCAAUGGUUGCAUGUACCUUUGUCUCAGCUCCACUCAUGUUUGUGUCAGCAAAAAUGAUUACUGUUGACAAAAUGGCACCUUCAAGUUAUCUUCAAGAGCUAGAUUCAUUUGCAUUUGACAUAAGUGUAGCUGGAAUUGUUGCUUGUGCAUGGUUGCUGGUUAUUUAUAUCUGUAACAAGAAGUACAAGAAAAUUCUCCACAGAGUAACAUUUUGCUUAAUUAUUUCACAGCUCAUUGCCUGUAUUGGUGUUAUAUUGUGGUCAGUGCUGGAUCGCUCCAAAACCUGGGCCUUAUACCUUCAGUUUGCAUUUUACACAGUCGGUGUAUACAGCUCUCGAUUGUGGACUGCAUUCCUGGCUAUCACACUCCUGUUUUUCCAGUGUCGAAGUCUGUGUUUCGCAUUGAAAUUGCAGCCAUAUUUUAUGCUUACAGGCUGGGGAAUUCCCCUGGUGAUUGUAAUAUUUUUGGUGCUCUUCGUUAAGCAAGAGGACAUGUCUGUGGAAAAGUGCAACCCAAACUUUCAGUUUGGAGGGGUACAAGCUAUAAUAACUGUCAUUUUGCUUGUUCUUUGUUUGACAGUGACAGUAGGCUGUUUGAUCCUGCAUCAGAGGUACUGGCGACGCUAUGCACGUUACUUGUCCUUGGUCCAAGAUAUUAAUACGUCAGAGCCCAGACAUUCAGGAAGUAUGUCUUGCAGUGUACUCCCAGGAAUAAAUAAUUGUAUGAAAGACACAACAGAACCCGAAGGACCAUGCAGUAGCAGCCCAAGAGCCACUACAAGCUCACAGAUUAUGGACAUAGAAAAUUUGGAUGAGAAUGGUGUUCGUACAUGCCCAUCACAAUUCAGCUGCCCUUCAGAUACUCGAGCUCGGUGUCAGCAACGUCUGGAAGAUUAUUAUUUAGAGCAAGAUGACAUUGAGGAUAACGAUUACCAGGUCCUCAGACACGUUGUGCUUAUCAUUCUGCUUGUCUCCUCAAUGUUCACUGGCAUUGCUCUUUCAGUGUGGACUUUAAUUAUGGAGGCUAUGUCAGGAAUAUAUGUUGAACUGUCAUUUCUUGAUGCCAGUCUCAACUUCGGCCAGAGCAUAUUUGUAUUUGCUAUUUUUGGUCUCAGUCCUAAGGCAGCGAUAUUACCAUUCAUAAAACUAUGGCGGAGGGUGCGAUAUGGAACAUCUACCUUAAGUUUGCCACAAUGGGAAGAACUGAAUUUUGAGACACGACAUGUGUGUGAUCAGUUUGUUAUGCAUCAUUUGGAGAAAUGUAGAAGUGAUAUUUCUGAAGAUAGAAGAUGGCACUUCCGCACAUAUCGAGAAGUGUUCAAGGGAUCUGCACUUGUGACGUGGUUGAUAGAAGCUGGUCUGGCACGAGACCGACAGGAAGCUGUGCAGUAUGCCACUGAUUUAUUGCAGGGUAGGGUCAUUAGGCAUAUAAAUGACCUUCAUCAUUUUCAUGAUCAAUCCCUUCUGUAUACAUUUUGUGUAGCACAGCGUUAAAUAUCUUUCAGUAUAUUAUUUAUCCCUCUGACAGAUAUCUGUUUAAGUUGAAACUCUCAGUCAUUAGAAGAGGAUAUUGUUGCUAUUGUUUGUUAUUGUUUGGUUGUUGUUAUUGUUUUAACUAGUGUGAGCCAGUUUGUUUUAUUUAUUUUUGGAGUGCAUUUUCCUAUGACUAAGUUUAGUUGUGACAAGCAUAAUGAUUUAUUCACAUACAAAGGCCAUACCAAAAGUCAUGGUUUAAUGGUACCAUCUAGAGAUUUUUGCAAAAACAGAAUCUAAUAUACUCUUGCUACAAGAGAGAUUGCAAGGAAACUGAUAGAGAAAACUAAAUAUCAACUUCUGCACCAAUAAUUUUCAGCCAGAGCCUGGUGAAAGAUCUAUUAGAAAAAUCCUAUGAAGUUUUAGUCAUGUGUAAAGUCAAUGAGGGGUCCAAACCUAUCAUUCAGUGUCUCAUGGAUUUGGACAUUUAAGAUUUUAUUUAGGAUACUACUGUAACAAUGUCUGUCUGCUGCAUAGACUCACAAAUGAGAGAUUUUGAUGUUGGCACCCCUAUAUAUGGAAACAUUUAUAACUACUGAAAACAGACCAGGCAUCUGACAGAAUACCAGUUUGAUUUUGUGUUGAAUAUGCUGUGGAACUGACUUCUUACGUAGCUUGCAUUUAUGAAGAAUCUUGUGCAUGCCUGAAAAAAGUGCAGGCCACUCUUGUUUUCAAAAAGGGUAAAAUAUUAGAUGCACAGAAUUACAGGCCAAUAUCACAGACAUCCAUCUUCUACAGGAUCCUAGAGCAUAUUAUGAACUCAAAGAUUAUGACAUUCCCAGAGGCAAAUAAGCUUCUGCCAGAGCAUCAGCACAGAGUCAGCAUAAACCACUCAUGAAACACAGCUUAUCUUAAAAAUUUUACUCUGUUCAUGCAUGGCAGCUUGCAAGCAACAGAUGCUAGUGAGCAGGUACAUUGUAGCACAUCUUCAGUGAACAAUCAAGACACAAUCAUACAGAGUGUUGUGGUUUGCAGGAGAGCCAACCCCGUAUUGCUAAAGGAGGCCGAAGUGCACGCGUUUUAGCUCACGCAGGCUGGCGUGAAGUCUGGAACAUGACAAGGGAAUUAGAAUUGAGAAAAACGGACGUAGCUGGUGGAAUACUUAACUUUAAUCCAUUAAUGGAAAACGUUGCUCUUUAUGGUACAUGAUUCACAAUAUCAAUAGUACGGAUACUGGCGCCUUGCUAGGUCGUAGCAAAUAACUUAGCUGAAGGCUAUGCUAACUAUCGUCUCGGCAAAUGAGAGCGUAGAAGUCAGUGAGCCAUCACUAGCAAAGUCGGCUGUACAACUGGGGCGAGUGCUAGGAAGUCUCUCUAGACCUGCCGUGUGGCGGCGCUCGGUCUGCAAUCACUUGUAGUGGCAGCACGUGGGUCUGACAUAUACUAACGGACCGCGGCCAAUUUAAAGGCUACCACCUAGCAAGUGUGGUGUCUGGCGGUGACACCACACAGAGUAUAUCUGAAAAUAUGUGAUUGGCUUGAUGUAACUUACAUUAAUAGAACCCACCACAUUAUCCCACUAUAUUAUACUGGAUGGUUACUACAGAAACAAAAUUAAUGUUGGGUGUGCCCCAAGGGAGUGUGAUAGGACUUGUAAUGUUCUCAAUGGAUUAUUCACUGAGGAUGCUGUUGUCAGCAGGACAGUAUUGUUGUCAGAUGAUCAUAAGGAAAUGCAGAAAGUCUUGGAAAGAUUUCCAUUUGGUGUAAUGAAUGGCAACUCUGUUUAAAUGUAGAUAAAUGUAAAAUAAUAUCAAAGAGGAAGAGCCCAGUAGUAGCCAAUUACAGGUAGCAAUGAACAUCAUGUAAGUAUUUGCAGUUAGCAGUAAGAAGCGAUACAAAAUGAUAUGAUCAUGUAGAGUAAGCAUUAGGGAAGGUGAAUGGAACACUUACAAGGGAAGGCCAUGUGAUGGUGGGAUCGCAGACUUACGUCAAACUUGUACACAUUAAUAGGCCAUUAAAACAACAUAAUGUGCAAGUAGUAAGAUGCAAUGCUCUGACAGUUCUGAGAAAAUCUUAAGAGAAGUCUUAAGCAUCUAUUAUGUAACUGAUGCAUCUGUGCGAAGGUGCUGGUCAUAAGAAGUCAGUGUGGUCAAGUGGUUAGCAUUCACGCUUUGCAAGAGUGUUGCGUAUGAGACAACAGUUCGAAUCAUCAUGAUAUUCAUUAUCUGCGGAUUUCGAAGAACAGGAAGUUACAUUCAUUUUUGUAGCACAAGUGCAAAUUCUGUGGUAUUCAAUAAAAAUUAACACCUACAUUAUUCGUUGUUGUUACAUUAGCAACGUCUCUGCUAUGCUGGUUAACUGCCAAUUGGGGCUGCCUCUGUUCCUGCAGCUCAGAGCAUAAAGGUGCAAAGUAGUUCUGAGUACCUUGGCAGACUGCAUAAGGCAUUUCACAAAUCACAAUAGGCACACAUUUUCAGCAAAACUCUAUGCAUUGCUCUGUUUGUGUGCCAAUAGUUAUAAAUAUGGUUGUUCUAAUUUGAUUAAAAAUAGUAAAUACUCAAAUAACAUGAAAUUCACUAAAACUUAUAGACACUGGACUCGCAUUCGGGAGCACGACGGUUCAAUCUCGCGUCCGUCCAUCCUGACAUAGGUUUUCCAUGAUUUCCCUAAAUCACUUAAGGCAAAUGCCGGGAUGGCUCCUUUCAAAGGGCACGGCCGACUUCCUUCCCCAUUCUUCCCUAAUCCGAUGGAGACCAAUGACCUCACUGUAUGGUCUCCUUCCCCAAACAACUCUACCCGCCACUAAAACUUAUUACAAUUCCACGUGAUUUUUAUUACCCGUAAAAGUCACAUAAAUUACAUAAUAUGACCAGUGAUGAAAAAAGUAUAGAUUAAAAAUUAUGUUUCAGCAGGAGUAGAACCAUCGCCUCAUACAUGUUUGUCGUAUGAAGCUUGAAUGCUAACCACUUGACUAUCACGAACUGUAGCCUCUAGCGCUUACGCAUAGAUAUGUAUGCCACAUAAUGGAUGGGUAAAACUUCUCUUACAAUUUUCUUGGAACUGCUAGAAUAGUGGACCUUAUUAUUUGCAUGUUAUGUUGUUUUAAUGGGCUAAUAAAGGAGUACAAAGUUUGAAGUAAAUAUAAGAUCCCAGUGUCGUGGCCUCCCCUUGUUAAAUUUUUUGGAAGAGUUCUGAGAAAGUACUGUGCAUCUGUAAACUAAAUCACAUGCAAGACACUAGUGUGGUCAACUGUGGAUUAGUUCUCCAGCAUGUCAAGCCCUUAUCAAAUACAGAUAUUUUUAACAGAUAUCAAACAAAUUCAGGGAUACACUAUGAAGAUUGUAACAGGUCAGUAUAUUUUGUAUGAAAGUGUAACAGAGUUGUUUUCAGACUUAAAUAAAAUAGGGAAUUUCUGACAUAAUUCUUGCAAAAUCAUUGUGGGUAAUUUAAUGAACUGCCAUUCAAGGAGCACUGCACAACAUUUCUUUUGUCACCAUUGCAUGUCUCGUGCAGGAAUGAUGAGCAUAAGAUAAGAGAGCUUGGGGUGCACGUGGAGGCAUAUAGAAAAUCAUGGACACUCAGUAACUGAAUGGAAUAGGACCAAACAUUAAUAAUAUUGGUGCUAGGUACUAUCCAUUAUGAACUGUACAAUGGCUUGCAGAGGAUAUAUAUAGUUAUAAAUUAACACUCUUUACAAGACAGGAAAACUCUUGGAAUAAAAAGUCAUGUUACUAAAAGUACAUACAUUUUUUGGUCUUUGAUACAAAUUUGAUUCAAUUUGAUGAACUUAAUGUACGGAUUUGGGAAUUUGAAAAUACUUAAUGCCUUUCCAUUGAAACUGCAUAAACUGAUAAACUUUAAGUUCCAGUUCCUAUUGAAUUUGGAGCUCAGAAAAGUUGAAACAAGUGGAAAUCAGAAGGAUACAGGGCAGAGGCAUGGGGAUUUUGUAUUCAUACUUGCAGAUUUGUCUAUGGUUGACUUGGUGGUACUUGCCAAUACCACAGUUUAUACUAACAAGUAAAACAAUGCUUGAGAAAUAACAAUAAAUGACAUUCCAACUCUGUGCUCAUUUGCUGAACAGCUUUGCAGCAUGUGGGAUUUAAAUGAAUGAGAAAUUUAUCAUACAGACAGUGGAAAGAAGGCAUUGGGUGGUAGACAGGCACAUAAACAAGACAAGACUCUUUGCUGAACUUUCAGAUACUACUGUCUCUCUCUCUCUC